GAGCUCGCAGCGCAAGAGACGGAUGAUGAAGAAGCGAAAGAAGGGCCCAUUGUCGCCUUCAGCAGCUGCCUCCAGCGCUGCUCCCUCGGCCAACCAGCAGCAUCGUUUGUUCGACCUGCCCCAGGACGUCCAGCGAGUCGUCUUCUUCCCUCUGCUCGGCCGCGACGGCCUCGUCCUUCUCCGCCGCACCUGCCCCCUCGGCACCCACCGUGUGUCUGAGGACUACAUCAAAUCGCAAAUCAACCGGCUGCUGGUGGCCAAGAACAUCCGCAACAUCAUCAGCUAUCGGGUGCGGCCACGUGUGCGGAUGCGGCCCAUGGCCUUCCUCCUGCGCCUGCUGGUACACACGUGAUGGACGGACUCCGGCUCUCAUAUUCUGUGUGUCUGUUGUCAUGUCUGUGUGUGUCGGCAGUACAUCAUCGACAACAGCGGCGAGUGGGCCGGGUGGGAGCCAAUCAUCAGGGUGGCCAAGCAUCAGGGGCGGAGAGGCGUGAAGUUGCCGAUAGAGCUGGGCAGUGCUGAUGUGGAGGGGGUGGGCAGCCGGGCGGUGUUUGAGGGGCGGUGUGAGGCGCUGCGGCUGUGACGUUCGAGCGCGACCCUGUCACGUCACGCGGUGUAAGGCGCUGCGGCAGCUUUCACUCAUCGGCCGCCACAUCGGCAUUGAGCUCUCACCUUCUGUGUGUCUGUUGUCAUGUCUGUGUGGACAGUUUAUCCCCGACCCCAAUGGCGAGGAGCGGCUGGGUGGGGCGCGGCUGGUCAUUCGCCUCCUGCACACACUGCCGGCCGACCACCCCUUCCGCAAUGGAUUUGACGAGGCCAACCCCGUGUGCCGGUUUUCUGGUGAGGGCGGGAGGGAGGGAGGACUGUGGGCAAUGGACGACCUGGCUGCGUGUGUGUAUUGCUGUGUGCAGCUGAUGACUAUGCUUCAGUCCGCGACGCUGUGUUGCAUGUGUGAGAGGGAGGGAUGAGCAGAAUGACACACACGAACACAUAAAGACAUUGGCUGCACCGCUCUGCCAUGAUGUGUCUGAUCAGGGUGCGUCGGGGAGGGCCAUUUGUCGCGUUCCAGCUGGCCAUCCAGUCCGACGAUGCCACACGCUUGAACCGACUGGUCAGCCACACACUCACACACGACUACCUCACCAGCUGUCCCACUCGCUCAUUGUCAUAUCUCACUGUUCUCUUCAGCGGCAGCUCGCCACUCAGCCGCCGCCCAUCUGGGGCUGCCGCACCAUCAGUACGUUCCACCGUCCGGCAGCAGGAGGAAGCUCCGACCGCACCAUCGUGCUGCAUGGCGACCAGCCGGACCACCAAUUUGAGGCUCACAUCUUCAUCGACAGCGUGCCCGAGUGUGCCAUGACCUGGCUCCAGACGACAGAGCUCCCUGAGGAUGCCCAGGAGGGUGCGGCGGCGCCCCCCGAGACAGUGAGGGUGGUGCGGGAGGUCAUGGGGGACGAUGCACAGGUGGUGUUCGGCAACAAGCUGGCCAUAGCCGUAGACUAAUUGAUUCAUCUUUCAACUCUCGAGUGUUACCCGGAGAGCCCUCUUGUCGGUCUGGCCAUUGCAGAUGGCAGAUGGCAGGCAGGCAGCUGUGUUCGAGACUGACUGACUGACUGAUAUGUUGACGGGUCGUGUGGCUGCGAGCAUGUGGUGUGUUUCUACGCGUGAUGCGGUGGGGUGGGGGCGGGCUAGUCGGUCGACAGACUGCCCAUGUGUGUGUGGUGGCCGGGUGGUGGGUGGCGGAUGUUUUUCAUGGUGUGGGAUGUAGGAUCACACCGUUUGGAGACGAUGUAAU